AAUAGUUUCCCUAAACAGUAGGUUUUAGUGCACCAACACUGUACACAGCAUGUAGAUACCACUUUAGAGUAUGAGUGAAUUUGGUUUUUCAAAAUAUAUCCUAAAAGUUUACAGAUUAUAUUUCUAAUAAUUUUAUCUCUUGAUAACGAAAAUGAGAAAGCGAAGACUAAUAAAAUUUGAAGAUGAUAAGGAGCAGGAACGUCUUCAUGAUAACACUCGAACUAACAAAAAGAACAACCUCUGGGAUCUAUUCAAGAAUGUCCCUGCUAAAAAGCUGUCCAGUUUAAUGGAAGAAAACACAACAUUAGAAAAUUCCAUUGUUGCUCUAAAAAUUGCAACGUGUAUUGUAACGUUUGCUUGUGUACUGGGUGGAGCUGUGAUAUCUAAAGGAACUCUACUUUUUAUGACAUCCCAGAUCAAACCUAAUCAAUCUCGCAUAUACUGCAAUAAAGAUCUAGACGUCUCUGGACAAUUCACGGCUACAAUUUCGGAUACAGAAAGGGUGGCUUGGAUAUGGAUGUUAAUGUUUGUGUUUUUCGUACCUGAAUUGGAAACUUUUUUACAUUCUAUAUACGUUUGCAUCUUCAGGAGCUGGCAUAUGCCCACAAAAAGGGAUUUUAUAAUUAUUUUUAUAUCAGAAACUCUGCCAACUAUCGGGACAGCGAUGUUUUUAUUUUGCAUUUUGCCAGAAAUCGAUGUCGUAAAGGGGGCAAUGUUAACUAACGCCGUUUGUGUGAUUCCUGGCAUUGUAGGACUUUUAAGUUCCCGAGCAAGAUGGAACACAACGAAAGUUUUAUACAUCCUGGACAUCGCAAGCGUGUUAGCACAAGUGUCAGCAUUAGUCAUUUGGCCAUUGAUUUCGGACAACAAAACCCUAUGGUUAAUUCCGGUUUCCCUGGUUUUAAUAUCAUGUAGAUGGUGGGAAAAUUUCGUGUCGGAAGAUUCCCCUGUGCCUUUCAUAAAAACAUGUGCACAAAAUACGAAGGAAUUCAAAAACGACAGAUAUUUUGCUUACGUCUUCGUCUCGGUCUGGAAAUGCCUUUUAUUCUUCUGUACCGUAAUCAUUAUCAUUUAUAUUCAAGAAAAAAAGAUCGCUUUUCUUUUCACGGAAUUCGACACAGCCUUCUCAGACCACUAUAUCAAUAUAAACCAGAUUCUACCUGUAAUUGAAGACACUUCAGAUUUAAGUUUGGCACAAAUCGUUAUAAGAGAAGAAAAAACACACGUGAAUGCUGAUUAUAUGGCUCCAGUUUGGGUUUUCGUUUUUAACAUACUUGGAUCAUACGUAUGUUAUAUUUUCGGAAAAUUCGCUUGCAAAAUAAUGGUACAAACAUAUUGUUACGCCUUUCCGAUCAAUCUAACCGUGCCAACGCUCAUUACAGCACUGGUUGCAUUCUGUGGAGUUUACAGUAUCGAUGAAUGUGCUUUUAAAAAUGCAAUUCCUCAAUAUUUGGCUUUCAACAGUCCCCCGCAGUAUUUUCUGCAAAACUUUAUCGAAAGCAAAUUCACUUGUAUGUGGUUGAUCUGGUUGCUUUCACAAAUCUGGAUUUCCUUCCACAUUUGGAAACCUCGAACCGACAAAGUUGCAAGAACAGAUAAAUUAUUUGCAAAGCCUUUGUACGAUGGGGUUUUCAUCGAUCAAUCUCUUGGGCUUAACAGAAAAAGAAACUACAAAUCGAUAACGGAAGUGAAAAAAGAAUUGUCGGACAAUGACAACAAAGAUUCAUCUCCGUCCAUCCAGGAGGAGACCACAAGAAUUUACGCAUGUGCUACCAUGUGGCACGAAACUACCGAAGAAAUGAUGGAAUUUUUGAAAUCAAUCUUCAGACUUGACGAAGACCAAUGUGCCAAGAGACUCGCCAAAAACUAUCUGGAAGUUGACAUCCCCGAUUAUUUCGAAUUAGAAACUCAUAUAUUUUUCGAUGACGCCUUUGUAAGAAUAUCCGUGGAUGAUAAUAAUCCCACUGUUAACGAAUGGGUAAGUCAACUUGUGCAAGCCGUAGAUAAGGCUGCCUCCGAGGUACACAAAACGGAUCUUCGAAUAAGACCACCGAAGAAAUACAUUACACCUUAUGGAGGAAGACUGGAAUGGACGCUUCCAGGAAAAACGAAGAUGAUUGCUCACCUCAAAGACAAAGCUAAAAUUCGACCCAAGAAGCGAUGGUCACAAGUGAUGUACAUGUAUUAUUUGUUAGAGCACAGGUUAAUGGAAAGAAAAGACCUUUCGCCGAAACGGAAAGACAUCAUCGCAGAAAACACUUACAUUUUGACUUUGGAUGGAGACAUGGAUUUCCAACCCCAAGCAGUUCAUUUAUUGGUGGAUCUCAUGAAGAAAAAUAAGAAGGUAGGUACUGCUUGUGGAAGAAUUCACCCUACUGGCUCCGGAGUGAUGGUAGAGUGUCAAAAGUUCGAAUACGCCAUAGGACACUGGCUUCAAAAAGCCGCCGAACAUAUGUACGGUUGCGUGCUCUGCAGUCCUGGAUGUUUCUCCCUUCUCAGAGCCAAAGCAGUGAUGGACGACGAUGUUAUGAAAAAAUAUGCCAUGAGAUCGAAGAAGGCCACGCAUUUUAUACAAUGUGAUCAAGGUGAAGACCGUUGGUUGUGCACUUUACUCCUUAAGAAAGGAUACACGGUUGAAUAUUGUGCAGCUUCAGACGCCUACACUCACGCACCAGAAGGAUUUAACGAAUUUUACAACCAACGUAAACGAUGGAUACCUUCGACUUUUAUCAAUAUUCUUGAUCUGAUUCAAAACUCCAAGAAAACCUUUGAAAUAAACGACAACAUAUCAAGAGGUUACAUAAUCUAUCAUAUUAUCAUGAUGGUUGGAACUGUCCUCGGUCCUGGGACUUUGGUACUCAUGGUAACUGGGGCUUCCGUCACCACAUUUUCUGUUGACCAAUACACAAGUCUCAAAUGGAACGUUAUUCCUUUGAUUAUUUACAUGGUGGUUUGCUACUACUGCAAAUCGAAUAUUCAGUUAAAGAUGGCAUCAAUUAUGAGUAGUGUUUACGCGUUGGUAAUGGUGGCAGCUUUAGUUGGCGUUGCUCUUCAAAUGUUCGAAGAUGGUUGGUAUGCUCCUAGCAACUUCUUCGUGCUGUUGAUGGGAGCAGAACUUCUAAUGGCCGCUGUACUCCAUCCCAAGGAGUUCAGAUAUCUUUCUCACGGUCCCAUCUAUUUCAUUAGCAUUCCCAGUAUGUACCUGAUCCUGGUCAUUUAUUCCGUCUUUAAUUUAAACAACGUUUCUUGGGGUACCAGAGAAGUCACUGUUGUACCUAAAGCUGGUACUGAUGCGCUAGAGAAAAAAUACGAAAAGGAUCUGCCCAAAACUCACAAAAAUUUUCUAAGCCAAAUAUUCGGUAAAGGUGAUGGUACCACGCAAUCUCUCCAAUUUUCAUGUGGCGGUUUGUUCAAAACACUAACACUAAAAGACAAUAAUAUCAAAAAACUGGAAAGCAAGCUAGAAAGCACCAGGAAAAUAAUACCCCUGCAACCAAUACAAUCGAAUCGAUCAUCUUCAAUAAGAUCUAGGCGACGAACUACGAUUACUAAAGGACUCAAAGGGGAGUUAUCAAAAGUUUUAGAAAAUGCAGAAGACCAAUAUUCACUGAUAAGCGAAAGUCAAAUAUCAGAAAAAACAAUAAGCGAACGAAACAGUUGGAUGUAUGAGGACAAGUUGGGAAAGGGAGAAUUCGGUUGUAUUUCGACAAACGAAAAAAAUUUCUGGGAACGUCUGAUCGAGAAAUAUCUCCACCCUAUCGAAGACGACAAGGAAAAAGUGACAAAAGACCUGAAAAACUUACGUGACAAAACCGUUUUGAUGUUCCUAUUGAUAAACGGACUUUUUAUUGUUGUGAUUUUCGUGCUCACACUCAAUAAGGAUUUGAUACAAAUCGAUUGGCCCUUGGGAAUAAAAUACAACUUUGUAUACGACGACGCUACCGGUAACAUUCAACUGACCACAACAUUUUUGAAACUGGAACCAAUUUCUCUUAUAUCCGUAAUUUUCUUCGGAUGUUUAAUGGGUCUUCAGUUUAUUGGUAUGCUUAUGCACAGAUUUACCAUAUUCUGUCAGAUUUUGUCAAAUACAUCGGUUCGAAUUGGCCGUUUCCAAAAAUCGAAAAAUAAGCAAACCGACGAAGUAUUAUUAGAAAAAGAUCCCGUAAGGAUGGUUAAAAAGCUUAUCCAAUUAAGAGACGUCAAAAAAGAAAAAGAUAUAGAAAGGAGAAACACUAGUAUCGAAAGGGUCAAAGAUGGUGUCAAAUCUGAUGAAGCUACAACUACAGACUUAACACAUGCCUUCAGUAGACGGUUAGCCAAAUUUAGAAGCUACGGUACAAACCUAUAAAGAAUAAGUACUAUUUAAAGAUAAAUGACAAUCGUUAACAAGUGACGAUUGACAUUGUUGCGAAUAAAAACACUGUUUAAAGAUGUUCUUAUUUGUUUUAAUUACAGAAGGUAACGACGCAACUGUAAGAAAAUCGAUUGUUUUUGAGAUUAACAAAUACAGAUCGACCAUAGCCCAUCUGAAUAGUCGUUCAGUAACUUCGGGAAAUGUAAGAUCGCGUCAUACCCAUGUCAAUUUUGGUUAGUAAUCAGAAGGUGAAACAGUUAAACAAGUAAAUUGUCAAUUUUAUAUGUACUGCCCGAACUAAAUAAUUUAUGCGCCAAGACAUAAAUGUCAAUAUAAUGCUUUUAUUUAUUAUCUGCACAUAUAUGUACCUACACUACGAUUCAAGAAAUUUAAAAAAAUUAUAGCAGAAAUUCUGCAAAACAGUUGCCUUAUACUUUUUUAUUUAAGUUUGUACCGUUAUAAGAUCA